CUUUUCCUGGGGCUCCCGGCAUCCCGGUCGGUCGGUGGACGCCGACUCUGCACCGCUUCCCAUUCGCGGCCUUCCCUGUGCUCCGGUCGUUCGCCCCGCAGUUCACCCAGCUCCCGGGGCCGCUGCUCAGGUUUGUACGCCUCCGCUGGCGACAGACCCAUGGCUGAGCGCGGGGAACUCGACCUCACGGGCGCCAAACAGAACACUGGAGUGUGGCUGGUCAAGGUUCCUAAAUAUUUGUCACAGCAGUGGGCUAAAGCCCCUGGAAGAGGUGAAGUUGGGAAACUACGGAUUGCCAAGAAUCAAGGAAGGACUGAGGUGUCAUUUACUUUGAAUGAGGAACUUGCAAAUAUUCAUGAUAUUGGCGGCAAACCAGCUUCAGUCAGUGCUCCUAGAGAACAUCCAUUUGUCUUGCAAAGUGUUGGAGGACAGACAUUAACAGUGUUUACUGAGAGCUCAUCAGAUAAGCUGUCCCUGGAAGGAAUAGUGGUACAAAGAGCAGAAUGCCGACCUGCCGCCAGUGAAAACUACAUGAGACUAAAGAGAUUACAAAUAGAAGAAUCUUCUAAACCUGUAAGGCUCUCACAACAACUGGACAAAGUCGUGACAACCAAUUACAAACCUGUUGCUAAUCAUCAAUACAAUAUUGAAUAUGAAAGGAAAAAGAAAGAAGAUGGAAAACGAGCCCGAGCUGAUAAGCAAUAUGUUUUGGAUAUGCUGUUUUCGGCUUUUGAGAAACACCAGUAUUACAACCUGAAGGACCUGGUGGACAUCACGAAACAGCCUGUGUCGUACCUGAAGGAAAUCUUAAAAGAAAUCGGUAUUCAGAAUGUAAAAGGGAUCCACAAAAACACUUGGGAGCUGAAGCCAGAGUACAGACAUUAUCAAGCAGAAGAAAAGAGUGAUUAAGAAGACUCAGGCCCGCCUGUUAACAGAACAACUCAAGGGUGACGCGCUAAUAAUAAUAAGCAAGCGGCCUUGAUACCUGAAGACUUGAGCACCGUCUGUGUAGGGGGAAAAUGACUGGUACUUUAAUUUCUCUAGGUAAAGUUUUUAAACAAGAAUUCUUGUAAAGUUGCUUAACUGAUUUUUGAGGCAAAAGAACACAUUUAUUUAUAGACUUAACUUGUAUUAAACCAGAUUAUUCAUGAUGGGGUUCGAGGUUGGGGGUUGAAGAAGGUUUUUCUUUUUAAAUGUUAACUUUUAAAAUGUAAAAUUAGGAGAUGCCUCCCCGUCCCUGUUUCUCUCUGUGCCAAGAGAAUGGCAUAGCAGGAGAAAAGCAGUCAGCCACAGACUCUCAAAAGGAAUUAAAAAGCCAAAGUUCCUUAUUCUGAAA